GCGUUGCUGGUUGUGGGAGGAGCACCUUCUUUCUCCACUGUCGAGGUAUACAGGGUCCCCACUGCAGAUGCAGGCUUCUCAGCUAGAGAGGAAGAGAAAGUCGCCGACUUGUCCGAUGGUCGCAUGGGAUGCCAGGCUGCCGUGCUAGCGCUCCCGUCUCCUGAGAAGACUUAUCCCGUUGUGGAGCGGCGCUGUGUCGUCGUCAUUGGCGGCGAGAGGUGUGAUGAAGAUGUGGCGGAGUUUGGAAGGAUCAGGCAGCUGGCCGGUGUUCCUGUCUUCGACACCGAGAUGGGACAUUGGCGCAAGGAUGACGUCGUCCCACCACUUCCUUGUCCUCGAACUGCAGUGGCCGUGUGUGUUGGCCUAGCUCGGGCAGAGAUGCCACCCAGGCCGGAGCUUUCGGACAACACGCGACCUGGUUCAAGCUCGAUGGAGGAGGAUGACGAGGACGGCGACAGUGAUGAGGACUUCGACCUCGUGCGGAGAAACAUUCCCUUCUGA